AUGAGUUAAUCCCCUUAACUUAGGAAACUAAACUUUGGUCCUUUAGUAAAGAUAAAGAAAUAAAUAAACUUACCUAAAAUAAGAAAAUAAGAAGAAUCAUUUUAGGCUAUUUUAAAUGUUUCUGAUUAUGAUCCAUAAUCUGAUAGAGAUAGAUCAUUUAAUAAUAGAUCAUUUAGAAAAUUAAUUCAUACAACCAAUAUAAAUUUUUCAACUGAUAAAAAAAUAUCAGAAGAAUAUGCAGUAUAUGGAUUAUCUAAAUUAAAAAUUGAAAGAAAAGAGUAACCUUUUUAAAGUGAAAGAACAAUAAAACAUUUAUAUUAUAUGUAAUAAGAUGAAAAUACAAAUAAAGAUUGGUUUUAAAUUUGUUUAAAAUAACCACCACCUCAUGCUUAAGCAUAAUUUUAUAAAUAAUCUGAAAAGUAUAAUUUAAAUUUCCUUUUAGAUAAUAUGAAUGGUGUGAUGUUUAAAUUUUAGAUUUUAAUGAAGAAACAGAGAAAUUUUUAAUUCAAUAAUAUCCAAAAGGUCCUAAGAAACAAGUAGAUCGAUUGCAAAUUAAAUUCAAUAAUUAAAAUCAAUAAUUUUUUGAUAGCAUGAUUAAAUAAGAGUAUCAAAUUAUAUAGUAAUUAGAUAAUUAUAGCUUCAUGAGAAAUAAUCUGAAUUAGCUUAUGUUAAUAAAAUUAUGGCUGUGGAUACUAAAUUAGUUAAUUCAAUUUCUGAUAAAUUAAAAUAGAAACUUUUGAUAAGAUUUUCAAAGUAUAAGAACUAAAAUUUAGUUAUGAAUUUAAUUAGUUAAGUAGAAGAUAUGUAUUAAUAAAAUAUGAAAAAAUGUGUAUAUUUGAAGGAUUUAAGUAAAUAUAAAUAAAAAUUUGUACCAAUUCCUAGAAUGAAGAUAUUUUAUACAUCAUAAUAAUAAUUAAAAAAGAGUCUAAUGUUUGUGAAUAAGGCUGUUAUAGAUUGUUGGUUAUAAAUGAUUAGAUUUAUGAAUAAUUUUUAAGUGAAUUUAUUUGAAUUUGAUAAAGUACAUUUGCCUGUAUCUUGGGAAAAAUUUGAAUAACUUAUUGAUUCAAAUAUGAAUAAAAUUGAAUAGUAAUUAAAAAAAUAAAGAUUCUUUAUUUAUGCUUAAAUACAAGAGAAUUUAUAAACUACUUUUAAUUUUUUUAAUAUAACUAUGCCUGAAUAUAUAGCAAGUGAUUUAAAAAGCGUAGUUUAAAGAUUUGAUUUACAUUAUACUGAAUAUCUUUAUAAAUUAUUAAGAGAUGAAUAAUAAAAAAUAAUAAGAUUUUAUUAAAGAUUUUAAUUGGUUCAAUAGAAUAUCAAAUUGGUUGCAACAUCUUUAUUUUAAUUAAGAAUAGUAGGAAUGAAUAAAUCUAAAUUAGAAAAGUAUGAAUAAACUAGAAAUUCUAUUAAUGAUGAUUUAGAAUUGAUAACUUUAGAUACUUCAUUAAAUUAAGUGAUUAAUAUAGCAACAUAUCCAAAUAGAUGUUUAUUUAAUAUUAUUUCUUAAUUAUAUAAAAUAGAAAGUGAAAUAGUACCAUUAUUAAAAAUUCCUUAACAAUUUUCAAUAGAAAGAGAUAAUUUGGCUUUUUUUGAAGUUUUAAAAUAAGAAACUGCAGAUCUUAUUGAGAAAGAAUAUUCUAAAUGUUAAUAAUCUUGCAAGAAAUUUCUACCUUAUCAAUAUUUAUUGAUUCCAAUGAAAACUAAGGCUAUAAAUAAAAUUUUUGGAAUCGAAGGGAAAGAGAAGCCAUCUUUACAUUAGAUUAGACUCUCUGUUAUACGUGAAGCUUUAGAUAAUUUAAGCAAAGCAUAAAGAGAAAUAAAUUAUAAUUUUAUUGAUAAUUAAGUAAUUGGACUCUUUACUUUAAAUUCAAAAGAAAUAAAAUAAAUUUUAAUAUAAAGAGCAUAAGAAAACUAUUAGUUAAUUGUGUAAAAAUUAAUAGAAAUAAUUAAGCAUAAUGUAACUAAUAUAAAAACACAUUAUUAAGAAAUGUAUGCUAAAACUUCAACAGUUCCUUAAACAGAAGAAGAUUUAAUUGAAUUAAAGUUAUUUCUUGAUGAAAUAAAGAUAUAAUUUUCAAAAUAAUAUUUAGAAAUUACAUAAAUGUAAAUAUGAUGUUAAUUAGUUAUUAGUAAAAAAUUUAUAAAUUAUUUGGAUGAAAUAUUUUAAGAAUAUGAUUUGAUGUUAAUGAAAGAAUAUUAUUAUUUAUUGUAAUGGCCAAAAGAAAUUAAAAGAAGCAUUAAAACUAAUAGUCGAUAGAUAGAAUCUAUUGAGAGACAAUUCUUUUAAAAAUUAGAACAUGAUAAAGUUGAAUUUACAGAAAAGUUAUUUUAAAUGAAAGAAUAAUUUACAAAAAUAAAAGGAUUUAAUUAAUUUGGAAUUGUUAAAUAAUAAGCAAAUGAAAUGAAAAUAUUGGCUGAUUGGAUAUUUUAAGGAUAAGAAUAAAUAAAUUCAUUUAAUUAAAGAGAAACUAUGUUUUAAAUACCCUUAUCAUAAUAUAGAGAAUUUCAUUAAUUAGUAACAGAAUUCAAACCAUUUUAAUAUUUAUGGGAAUUAGCAAAUGAAUAUGAAUUUUAAAAAGAAUCAUGGCUUUAUGGUUCAUUUAAAAAUUUGAAUCAUUAAUAAAUAUUAUAAAAAUUGACAUAUUAUGUAAAUGAAACUAUGAUUUUAUCUAAUACAUUUAAAGAAAUAAGUGAUGAAAAUGGAUAAUCAGUUACAAGAGGUUUUAGAAGAGCUUUAGAUGCAUUUAAAGAUAAUUUAUGGGUUGUAGAAACUCUAGCAAUUGAAGCAUUUACUAAAAAACCAGUAUUAUGGAGAGAAUUAUUUAAAGAGUGUAGAAUUUAGAAUUUUGACCCAAAAGAAGAGUUUUCUUUGUAAUCACUAAUAUAAAGAGGAAUCCUUAAUGUUAAGGAAUAAGUUGUACAAUUAUCUUAAAAAGUUGAGAAGGGUUGGAAUAUAGAAAAAAGAUUGAAUGAAAUGUAUGAUAAAUUAGUAAUCAUUGAAAUAGAAUUAUAAGAAUUUAGAGAAACAUUCAUUUAGAAAAAUUAUGAAGAAGUUCAAACAUUAUUAGAUGAAUAAUUGAAUGUAUUAUCAAUGUUAAAGAGUUAAUAACAUAUUAAAAUGGUAUUAGGUAAAGCAAAUUAAUUGGAAUAUAAAAUUGUAUUGAUUCAAGAUACUUUAGAGUUGGGUAUGAAAUGUUAAAAACAUUGGAUGUAUUUAGAUCCAAUAUUUGCAAGUGAAGAUAUAAAAAGAAAAUUAGUAGAAGAAACUGAAUAUUUUAAAUUGGUUGAUUAAUCAUAUAGAUAAUAGAUGGCUAUUUUAAAUAAGAAUAAAAUAUUAUGGGAUUCUAUUGAUAAUGAAAAGAUUAAGUAAGAAUUUCAGAAUAAUGUACAAUUAUUGGAUUCUAUUUAAAAAUCAUUAUCAAAGUAUCUAGAAUAAAAAAGGACUCUAUUUCCAAGAUUUUAUUUUGUGUCUGAUGAAGAGUUAAUAGAAAUAUUAGCAUUGGUGAAAGAUCCAAGAUUAUUGUAAAAGCAUAUAUUUAAAUGUUUUGAAGGGAUGCAUGAAUUAAAAUUUGAAGGGAAUCAUUCUUUAUUAGGAAUGAUGUCUUCAUAAUAAGAAUUAGUUAUUUUUGAUAAUAAGAUAGAAUUAUUAAAAGGAGAGAAGUAAGGAAAUGUUGAAUAAUGGUUAUGUGAAUUAUAAAGAAUAAUGGUUUAAACAUUAAGAACUUAGUUGAAUAAGACAUUACAAGAUUUAAACUCAUAAAAAUAAGAAUAUAUUAGUAAAUGGCCAACUUAAUGUAUAUUAUUGGCAGAUCAUAUAAAAUGGACAAGAAAUACUGAAUCAGCAAUAAGAGAAUUAUAAAAAAUGAAUUUACAUAUUCAUUUGGAAAUUCUAACUAAAUAAUUAUAAGAAACAGUAUAAUUAGUAAGAAAUGAAGAAAGAAUGGUAAUGAAAACAACAUUGGAAGCAAUGGUAGUAAUGGAAGUUCAUUGUAAAGAUAUAGUUUAAUAAUUAAUACAUUAAGAUGUUAAAAGUAUUUAUGAUUUUGCAUGGGUUUCUUAAUUAAGAUAUUAUUUUGAAGAUGAGGGAGUAAAUGUGAGAAUGGUGAAUUCAUAAAUAUAAUAUGGAUUUGAAUAUUUAGGAAAAGUAACAAGAUUAGUAAUAACAUCAUUAACUGAUCGAUGUUAAAGAACAUUAUUAAGUGCUAUGCAUUUAAAUUAUGGAGGGGCUCCUGAAGGUCCAGCUGGAACAGGAAAAUCUGAGACUGUGAAAGAUUUAGCAAAAGCAGUUGCUAUGCCUUGUAUAGUAUUCAAUUGUUCAGAUGGUCUCAAUUAUAUUGCAAUGGGUAAAUUAAUAAUAUUAUAAAUUAAGGUAAAUUUUUUAAAGGUUUGUCUUCAUCUGGAGCUUGGUGUUGUUUUGAUGAAUUCAAUAGAAUCGAUCCUGAAGUUUUAUCUGUUGUUGCUUAAUAGAUAUUUACUAUUUAAAAGGCAAUAAAAGAAAAAAGAAAUAGAUUUACAUUUGAAGGUGAAGAAAUUAAUUUGAUUCCUACAUGUGCUAUUAAUGUAACUAUGAAUCCAGGAUAUGCCGGUCGAUCUGAAUUACCUGAUAAUUUAAAAAUCCUUUUUAGACCAUGUGCUAUGAUGGUACCAGAUUAUGCAAUGAUUGCUGAAAUUUACUUAUAUAGUAUUGGUUUUGAGAAAGCAAGAGAGUUAAGUCCAAAAAUAGUGACAUGUUUAAAGUUAUGCAAUGAAUAGUUGUCUCCUUAAGAACAUUAUGAUUUUGGGAUGAGAGUUCUUAAGGCUGUAUUAAGUACUGCAAAAUAAUUAAAUUCUGGAACUGAAGAAGUCAUAUGUUUAACAGCUUUGAUUAAUGUCAAUAAACCUAAGUUUACUUAAAGUGAUGUCUAAUUAUUCUUAGCUAUUACUUAGGAUUUAUUUCCAAGUAUUAAUCCAUUAAAUUAAACAUCUCAAAUAUUGAUUGAUUAUUGUUGUGAAAAUAAUUAUUAACCUGAUAUAGAUUUUUAAGAAAAAUGUUAAUAAUUGCAUAAUACUAUAGCAGUUAGAAAUGGUGUUAUGUGUAUUGGAAAGACAUUUUCUGGGAAAACAGCAGCAAUUUCAACUCUAGGAAAAUCAUUGAAUGCUUAAACUCUAAAAUUGAAUCCUAAAGCAGUAACAACUGAUUAAUUAUAUGGAAAACUUGAUCCAGAUACAAAAUAAUGGUCAGAUGGAAUAUUACCUAUAUUAAUAAGGGAAAAUCUAAAUAAACCAACAAAAAUUUGGAUAUGGUUUGAUGGACCUGUAGAUUCAUUGUGGAUAGAAAAUUUAAAUACAGUUUUAGAUGAUAAUAAAAAAUUAUGUUUAACAUCAGGAGAAAUAUUAAAGAUACCAUAAACUAUGUGUAUGUUAUUUGAAGUUGAAGAUUUAUCUGCUGCAUCACCAGCUACAAUAUCAAGAUGUGGUAUGGUAUAUUUUUUAUAAAUUGAUUGGUAAUUAAUUAAUUAAUUAAUAUAAGGUAUUUAUAAGUAUAAAGUAUUUAAUUACCAGGAGGAUUGGAAAAAUAAUAUUUUAUAAGAAGAAUGAGAUUGUAAGUAUUUAUAUUCUAUAUAAUUUAGUUUGAUAGAUCAUUCUUAUGCAUGGGUUAAGGAAUAUGUAUAAUUUCCUGUUUAUGAUACUAUUAAUUUAAUGGUUUAAAGUUUUAUAUCAUUAUUGGUUUAAUUAUUAAAAACUUUAUCUGAGAUUCAAUAAAAUAGUAAUAAUUGGGAUAGUUGUUUAAUAUUUGCAUUAGUUUGGUCAAUAGGAGGAUGCUUAGAAGAGAAAGGAAGAUCAUUAUUUAAUGAUUUUUUACAUAAAUUAUUUAGAACAAAUAAAAGUGGAUUAAAAACAAAUUUUGGAGAUGAUUUAGAGUUGAAAUUAUAUUUUCCAGAGAAAAUAGAAUUCUUUUCUUGUGUAUUUUAAGAUGGUUAAUGGAUCAAAUGGACAGAUGUAUUUUAUAUUAAUUAAUAUUAGUUAACUUAAAAAUUUGAAGUAUAACCUGGUAUGUAAUUUCAUGAAAUUAUUAUACCUACUGCUGAAUUGAUGAGAAAUGAUUAUUUUUGUAAAAUGGGAUUACAUUUCCUUUUUUGUGGUCCAACAAGUACAGGAAAAUCAUUAUCUAUGAAUAAAUUUUCAAAAUUUUAAAUAACUUGUUCAGGAUAAACAACAAGCAAUAGUUUAUAAAGAUUAAUAGAAACAAAAAUAAAUAAAAGAAGAAGAAAAGGUUAUUAUGGAGCUGAAGAAGGACAUAUAAUGAUAUUUGUAGAUGAUUUAAAUAUGCCAUUUAGAGAACCUUAAGGUGCAUAACCAGCAAUAGAAUUAUUAAGAUAAUGGAUGGAUUAAGGUGGAUGGUAUGAUUUAGAUAAUAAGGAAUUUAAAUAUAUGUGUGAUAUCACUUUUCUUAGUGCUAUGUAACCAGCUAGUGGAGGUAGAGAUUAAGUAAGUAAGAGAUAUUUAAGAUAUUUUAAUUUAUUGUAUAUAGGUGGAUUUGAUAAUUAAAGCAUUUCAAAUAUUUUAUAAGUUUUUGUUGAAUGGGUAUUUUAAAAGAUAUAACCAUCAUAAGAUAUUCUAAAAAUGAAAAAUGAUUUAGUAUUUCAUACUAUUUAAGUUUAUGAUAAAAUAUAAUUGAGUUUAUUGCCUACACCUGCUAAAAGUUUAUACAUUUAUAAUUUAAGAGAUUUAAUAAAAGUAUUUGAAGGAAUGAGUAAAGUAACUAGAAUAAAUAAUCAAUAUAAUUUAGUUAAAUUAUGGACUCAUGAAUGUCUUAGAGUAUUUAGUGAUAGAUUAAUAGAUAGUUAUGAUUUGAAGAUAUUUGAAAAUGUACUCAAAGAAUCUACUACUUAAAUAGGUUAUUAAAUAUAAGAUUAUAAAAACCUAAUUUAUGUAUCUUUCUUACAUAAUGUUUAUGAUGAUGCAGGUAAUGUUUUAAAUGUAAAAUAAAAAUUACAAUAAGUACUUGAAGAAUAUAAUUAAAUGAAUUAAUAACAUACAUUAAGUCUUAUCUUAUUUAAUAAUGCUGUUUUACACAUUUCUAGAAUUGCUAGAAUAUUAUUAGCUAUUUAAGGUCAUGCAUUAUUAGUUGGCAUGGGAGGAACAGGAAGAAGUAAUCUAUAUUAUUAUUUAUUAUUAAGCAUCUCUAUCCAAAUUAGCCAAUUAUAUCAUUUUUAAUGAACAUGUUUAAACAGUUGAUCCAAGAUAAUGGGAUGAUUAAUUAUUAGGUAUAUUAAAACAUAUAGGUUUGGAUGAUCAUAAAUCUACUAUUAUAUUUAAUGAUUCAUAAUUUUAAACUGAAUCUAUGUUAGAAGAUGUAUGUAAUAUUAUGAGUCAUGGAGAAAUACCACAUUUAUUUCCACCUGAAGAAAGAAUUAAAAUAUAAGAAGAAAUGACAUAUCCAAAAUUUGUUUUAAAUUGUAAAUUAAAUACUCAUGUUAUAUUAUGUAUGCAACCUGUAGGUACAUAAUUUAGAAAAAGAUUAAGAAUGUUUCCUACUAUAAUUAAUUGUUCUACUAUUGAUUGGUUUAUGAGUUGGCCUGAUGAAGCAUUAGAAUCUACUGCUAGUUAAUUCUUACCAUAAAAUUUAGUUAAAAUUGCAGUAGAUAUUCAUCACAAAGUUUUAGAAAUUAAAGAAAGAUUUACUUAAGAACUUAGAAGACAUUUUUAUGUUACACCUACAUAAUAUUUAUAAUUAUUAGCAACUUUUAAAAAGAUUCAUACUGAAAAAAAUGAAAAUUCAAGAAUUUCUAUUGAUAAAUUUGAAACUGGAGUUGAAAAAAUUAUUUAAACUGAAAAAGAAGUAGAUAAAAUUAGAAAAGUUUUAUUUGAAUUACAACCAAAAUUAGAAAAGGCAACAGUUGAAAAUCUUGAAUUACUUAAAAAUAUCUAAAAGAAAUAAUAAGAAGCAGAUUAAACAAGAAUGAUUUGUGAAUCUGAUGAAAAAUAAUGUAGUUUAAAAAGAGAAGAAGCUAAUUAAUUAAAAGAUAUAUGUAAGAAGUAAUUAGAUAAUGUAUUACCUUUAUUAUCCAAAGCUACUGAAGCUCUUGAAAAAAUUACUAAAGAUGAUAUGAUAUUAUUAAAAUCAUUCUAAAAACCUCCACCAUCUGCAGCUGUUGUUAUGUAAGGUUUAUGUUAUGCAUUCUAAGAAGAUGAAAAAGUUAAAGGAAAAAAUAAUGGUAAAGAACCACCAUAAAUGGAAGAUUUUUGGGAAUAUUCUAAAAAAUAUGUUUUAAAUGAUAAACUUAUUAAAAGAAUUAAAAAAAUGAAAAUUGAAGAAAUUAGAGCAAUUCAUCCUACUAAAAUUUAAAAAUUAUCUGUUUUUAUAUAAAAUCCUUUAUUUGAAAGAGAAAAAGUAUUUAAUGCUUCUAUGGCUGCUGGUAAUCUUGCUGAUUGGAUUAGAGCAGUCUAUUCAACUUAUGAAGCUGUUGAAAUUAUUGAACCAAAAAAAGCAUAAUUAGUUGAAGCAGAAAAGAAUCUUAAAUUAGCAGAAGAAUAAGUUGAAAUCAAAAGAUAAGCAUUAGCUGAAGCUAUGCUUGUUUUAAAUGUAUUAUCAGUAGAAUAUUAAAAAGCUAGAAAAGAAAAAGAAGAAAUUGAAAAGAAGGUUUCUUAAAUUUAAGCUUAAUUAAAUAGAGCUGAAAAAUUAACUAAUGGAUUAGGUGAAGAAAAAUAAAGAUGGAAAAGAAAAGUUAUUGCUUAUAAAUCAGAAUAAUCUAAUGCUGAUGGAGAUUGUUUAAUAAGUGCUGCCAUUAUAUCUUAUUUAGGUGUAUUCCCAAUAUAAUAUAGAGAAUAAUGUUUAUAAUUUUGGAAAUUAAAAUUAAAACAAAAUUAAGUCAAUUUCUCUGAUGAUUAUUCAUUAUAAGCAUAAUUAUGUGAUCCUAUUUAAAUUAAUAAAUGGAUUUAAUAAAAAUUACCAAAUGAUUCAUUUUCUAUUGAUAAUGCUAUCAUAUUAAAAUAAUCAACUAGAUGGCCACUAAUGAUUGAUCCUUAAUUAUAAGCUAAUGAAUGGAUUAAAAAUAUGGAAGAUAUUAAAGUAUUAUUAAUACUUAAUUCUACAUAAUUACCUUAAUAAGUAUAAUUAUAAUUAGAACAUGCCAUCUAAAUUGGAUAUCCUGUCUUACUUGAAAAUUUAGGAUAAAGUAUUGAUCCACUAUAUGAACCUAUUUUAUAAUAAAAAAUUAUUAGAAAGUAAAAUAAAUGUUCUAUUAAAUUUGGUGAAAAAUUAAUUGAAUAUUCUAAUGAUUUUAGAUUUUAUAUGACUACUAAACUUAAUAAUCCUCAUUUUCAACCUUAAGUAUGUGUUAUGGUAAAUAUGUUAAUGUUUUAAGUAACAUAAGAAGGAUUAGUAGAUUAACUUUUAAAUAUUGUUGUCAAAAUAGAUGAACCAUAAAAAGAAGAAUAACGUAUUAAAAAUAUUUAAUCAAAUUUUAUUAAUAAGAAUAAACUUAUUUAAACUGAAACUUUAAUAUUAAAAUUACUCUCUGAAUCUAAAGGAGAAUUGUUAGAAAAUGAAGAUCUUAUAUAAACACUUUAAAAAUCUAAAGAUGAAAGUCUUUCAAUUGAAGAAAAAUUAAAAGGCUUAGAAUAUGAUAGAGUAAAUUUCAAUCAAAUAAGAUAAUUUUAUAAACCAGCUGCAGAAAAAGUAGCAAGUUUAUAUUUUAUAUUGAAUGAUCUUGCUGUAAUUGAACAUACAUAUCUAUGGUCUCUUGAUUUCUAUUUCUCACUCUAUACAAAAUCAAUUAGAGAAGCUUAAUAUGAAAAAUCUAAAAGAAAUUAAAAUAUUAUUGAAAAGUUUAUAUUAACUCUUUAUACAUAAAUUAAUAGAUCUUUACUAGAAAAGGACAAACUUAUAUUCAGAUUUUUAUUGUGUGUGAAAAUGAUGAAUGUUCCAACAGAUCUUAUACGAGCCACUGUUAUGGGUUGUACUCUUACAUCAACUGAUAUAUAAAUGCCUAAAGGAUUUCCUUGGUUAACUAGUAAAAUGUGGUUAGAACUUGUUGAUUUAACAAUUUAAUUUCCAUAGAUAUUUGAGAGUAUUUGUUCAGAAUUUGUUGAAUAGAAAGCAUUUUGGGAUAAUUUCUAUUCAAGCUAAACUUGUUAUAAAAUGCAAUAUAAAGAAUUAGAUUAAUAUUAGAUAAAUAUGCUAAUUAAAAUUAUUAAACCUGAAUAAUUUAUAUAGGCUACAAAUGAGAUGAUACGAAAAUAAAUAGGUAAUGCAUUUUUAGAAAAUAUACCUACUACUUUUGAGCAAUUCUAUUUAAAAUCUGAUUGUAAAAUUCCAUUGUUAUGUUUGAUUACACCAGGAGCAGAUCCUAGAUAAGAAAUCAUCAAAUUGGCUUCGAAGUAUGAAUUUGAAGAUAAAUUCAAUUAAAUUUCUUUAGGUUAAGGUUAAAGUUAAUUAGCUAUAAAAAUGAUACUUAGUGCAAUGUCUUAAGGUUCAUGGGUUUUAUUACAGAACUGUCAUUUAGCAUCUUCCUUUAUGCCAGAUUUAGAAUAAUUAUUUGAGACACAAUAUAAGAAAGAAAUAAAUGCUGAUUUUCGAUUAUGGCUCACUUCUUAACCAACUUCUAUAUUACCUCAUAAUGUUAUAUUGAAAUGUAAAUAUAAUAAAAUAAUAAUUUUAGCUUUAAAAAUAACUUAUGAAUUACCAAGAGGAUUAAAAAAUAAUAUGUUAAGAUCUUAUUAAACAUUAGAUGCUGAUAAAUUUGAAUAGUGUAAAAAGUUAAAAGAAUGGAAAAAUUUAUUUUUUUCACUUUCUCUUUUACAUGCUUGUUUAUUGGAAAGAAAGAAGUAUGGCCCAUUAGGGUGGAAUAUUGGAUACAAUUUUUCAUAACAUGAUUUAGAAAUAUCAAAAGAAUAAAUAUUAUUCUUUUUAGAUUAAUAUUCUGAAAUUCCUUGGGAUGCACUUCAUUAUUUAAUAGCUGAAAACAAUUAUGGAGGUAGAGUAACAGAUCCAAUGGAUAGAAAAUUAUUAAAAAUUUAUGUAGAAGAUUUAGUGAAUCAUAAGACAAUAUCUUAAGAUUAUAUUUUCUAUGAUAUUUAUUAGACACCACCUUAAAUGAAUCUAAAAGGUUAUAUUGAUUAUAUAUCAUAAUUACCAUUAAAUGAUCCUCCUUAAUUAUUUGGUUUACAUGCUAAUGCAGAAAUAUAUUCAGCAAUAUUGGAAACUGAGAAUUUGAGUUCUGUGAUAUUAUAAUUAUUACCUAGAACUUAAGGAGAUUCAGCUCAAAAACAUACAGAUAGUUUGGUAUGUAAAAAAAGUUAAGAAAUUCUUAAAAAUUUACCAUAAUAAUUUAAUAUUGAAGAAGUUCAAUAAUUAUUCCCUUUAACUUUGGACAAUCCUUUGAAUGCUGUAAUCUAAUAAGAAAUUACUAAAUAUAAUAGACUUUUAAUUAAGAUAUAAGAUUCAUUAAGUGUACUUAUUUAAGGUUUAGAUGGAUUUAUUAAUAUCUCUGAUUAAUCUUUAGAGAUAUAUAAUUCUGUUUUUGAUAAUAAGAUACCAGAAUAAUGGUUAGCUUUAUCUUAUUUAACAACAAAAUCUUUGGGUUCUUGGGUGACAGAUUUAAAAUAGAGAAUUGAAUUUCUUAAUUAAUGGAUUACAAAAGGAUAACCUAGAGUUUUUUGGUUAGGUGGACUAUUUUUUAUUUAAGGUUUCUUAACAGCAAUCUUAUAAUAAUACUCAAGAAAAUCUAAAAUUCCUAUUGAUUAAUUAAGAUUUGAUUUUAAAUUUCAUCAGGAUGAGCCAACAGAAAGUGGAAAUCAUGUAUUUGCAAAUGGUAUUUCUAUUGAUGGAGCAUCAUUUGAUUUCUAAGAAUCAACUUUAACUGAACCUUCAAGUAGUAUAUUAUUUUAUCCAUGUCCUAUAAUAUAAUUUUGUCCAACCUAAGAAAUUGUCAAAACUUAUAAGUAUUAUUCAUGUCCACUUUACAAUACUUCAUAAAGAAAAGGUGUAUUAACAUCAAAUGGACUAUCAGUCAAUUUUAUAUGUAAAAUUAAAGUACCAAUAAAUAACAAUAAAGAACAUUGGUCUAAAAGAGGAGUGGCUUUAAUUAUACAAGCCAAUUGA